AUGGUCACACUGGCCAAGGGAGAACUGGAGAACUGGUCUGAGGUGAUUGCAGGGAGCAUCACUGGCAGUCCUUGGUGUUGGGCCAUCAAGGUGAGCUGUGUUGGAUUCUGUGGGGUGUCUAGCAAGAUCAAUGACACAGCGUGGACUGUGGAGGAGCAGUACUUUAACAGCACACUGUCUCUGGCAGACAAAGGGGUCCUGACAGCUGGAGAGCACAACUUUCCCUUCCAGUUCCUGCUGCCAGCCUCUGCUCCAACAUCAUUUGAAGGCCCAUUUGGCAAGGUGCUCCAUCAGGUGAAAGCUGUUAUAGACACACCUCGUUUCUGCAAGGACUACAAAUGCAACAAGAUCUUCUAUGUUCUCUGCCCUCUCAACUUGAAUGACAUCCCUGACAUCGAGCAGCCCAACACCAUGUCCAUCGCCAAGAAGUUCAACUACAAGCUUGUGAAAAGUGGCAACAUCAUCUUGACGGCCACCUCGGAUCUGAAGGGAUACAUUGUGGGACAAGCCAUCCAGCUCCGCACCGACAUAGAGAACAAAUCUGGGCGGGACACUGGGGCAGUGGUGGCCAGUCUGCUCCAGAAAGUGGCUUAUAAAUCCAAGCGCUGGAUUUACGACCUGAGGACCAUCGCGGAGGUGGAAGGCUCAGGAGUGAAAGCCUGGAAACAUGCAGAGUGGAGGGAGCAGAUCCUGGUUCCAGCACUGCCCCAGUCCAUUCUGCAGGGCUGCAGCCUCAUACACAUCGACUACUACAUCCAGGUUUCUCUCAAGUCACCCGAGGUUUCAGUCACUCUCCCCAUCUACAUUGGAAACAUUGCAGUGAACAGGGUGCCCCUGAGCCCCUCCCGCUCCAUCCAGCACAUACCCCCUGCCGUGGUGCCCAGUGCCCCCCCGGAGGAGGAAGAGGCCGCCAGCGGUUACCACCCGAUGGACAAUGUCUCCAUCCCCACCAAAAGCCAUUCCCAGCAGCAGCCGUUCAGCUACGCCCCAGGACUGAGCUUCCAGGAGCUGAGGGUGGUGGACUCGGAGCAGACGGGCUCCCCAGGCCACCCCACGCUCUGCCUGUCCACGGGAGCCUCUGCUCCAACAUCAUUUGAAGGCCCAUUUGGCAAGGUGCUCCAUCAGGUGAAAGCUGUUAUAGACACACCUCGUUUCUGCAAGGACUACAAAUGCAACAAGAUCUUCUAUGUUCUCUGCCCUCUCAACUUGAAUGACAUCCCUGACAUCGAGCAGCCCAACACCAUGUCCAUCACCAAGAAGUUCAACUACAAGCUUGUGAAAAGUGGCAACAUCAUCUUGACGGCCACCUCGGAUCUGAAGGGAUACAUCGUGGGACAAGCCAUCCAGCUCCGCACCGACAUAGAGAACAAAUCUGGGCGGGACACUGGGGCAGUGGUGGCCAGUCUGCUCCAGAAAGUGGCUUAUAAAUCCAAGCGCUGGAUUUACGACCUGAGGACCAUCGCGGAGGUGGAAGGCUCAGGAGUGAAAGCCUGGAAACAUGCAGAGUGGAGGGAGCAGAUCCUGGUUCCAGCACUGCCCCAGUCCAUUCUGCAGGGCUGCAGCCUCAUACACAUCGACUACUACAUCCAGGUUUCUCUCAAGUCACCCGAGGUUUCAGUCACUCUCCCCAUCUACAUUGGAAACAUUGCAGUGAACAGGGUGCCCCUGAGCCCCUCCCGCUCCAUCCAGCACAUACCCCCUGCCGUGGUGCCCAGUGCCCCCCCGGAGGAGGAAGAGGCCGCCAGCGGUUACCACCCGAUGGACAAUGUCUCCAUCCCCACCAAAAGCCAUUCCCAGCAGCAGCCGUUCAGCUACGCCCCAGGACUGAGCUUCCAGGAGCUGAGGGUGGUGGACUCGGAGCAGACGGGCUCCCCAGGCCACCCCACGCUCUGCCUGUCCACGGGAGCCACCGUCCCCUACUACGCCGAGGGCAACGUGGUGCCCGUGCCCACGGCCAGCUCGCUCAUCCUGCCCCCAGAGUACAGCACCUGGGGGUACCCCUAUGAAGCACCUCCAUCCUACGAGCAGAGCUGCAGCAGUGCCAACUCCAGCAUCAGCAAUGGCAACUAA